GUGGUGAAUAUCGAGGAGUGCGUCAGUGGGAAAUAAACUUUUAAAGUUAAUGAUGUCUUUGUGGUAGUGUUUUAAAUAAAGUUUUACUCGAAUACUGAAAAAUAUAUAAAAACAUUCAAGUGCCGACGGAUUUUUGAACUUGAACUCUAAAAGAUGGAUGUGAAUGAAUUUCGUGAAUUUGCCAGAUCUGCUGUGGAUUUUGUUGCUGAUUAUUUGGAAAACAUUCGUGAUAGACCAGUACUUCCAUCAGUGGAACCAGGCUAUCUUCAACAACUAGUACCAGACGAAGUUCCUGAACAGCCCGAACAAUGGCAAGAAGUUAUGAAGGACAUAGAACGGAUUAUAUUGCCAGGAGUUACUCACUGGCAGUCACCAAAUUUUCAUGCAUAUUAUCCGACAUCUACAAGUUAUCCAUCAAUUGUCGGAGAAUUGAUUUCAUCUGCAUUGGGAAUCGUAGGAUUUAGUUGGAUUUGCAGUCCGGCGUGUACCGAACUUGAAGUAAUUGUUAUGGAUUGGCUCGGGAAAUUUCUUGAUUUACCUGCUUCCUUUCUAAAUUGCUCAGAAGGACGUGGAGGUGGUGUUAUUCAAGGAUCUGCCAGCGAAUCCAUUUUGAUCGCAGUUUUAGCUGCACGUGAACAGACAGUGCGAAGAGUGAAAUUGGAGCACCCGGAAAUGUCAGAGAGCGAAAUUCGAGUCAAACUUGUAUCAUAUUCAAGCGAUCAAAGCAACAGCUGUGUUGAAAAGUCUGGUAUCCUUGCUGCAGUUCCUAUGAGACUCAUAAAAGCCGACGAGACUGGUUCACUGGGCGGGGAAGCACUUGAAAAAGAAAUUUUAACUGACAUUGCAAAUGGAUUGAUUCCAAUAAUUUGUGUUGCAACGUUCGGAACAACAGGAACCUGUGCAUAUGACAGAAUGGAUGAGUUGGGUCCGAUUUGUAAAAAAUACAAUAUUUGGUUGCACAUUGACGCAGCCUAUGCUGGUGCGGCACUAUGUUGUCCUGAAUAUCGACCAUUGAUGAAUGGCAUUGACUGGGCAGAUUCAUUCAAUUUCAAUUUGCACAAAUGGAUGAUGGUAAAUUUCGACUGCUGUGCUAUGUGGCUGAAAAAUGCGGACACUCUGGUGGAAUCAUUCUCAGUGGAUCGAAUCUAUUUGAAUGACCAAUUCCAAGGUCAAUCAAGGACUCCUGAGUAUCGACAUUGGCAAAUCUCAUUGGGAAGAAGAUUUCGGGCACUGAAAGUGUGGAUAGUUUUACGGACGAUUGGUGCGGAGAAUAUAAGGAAUAAUAUACGCAAGCAGAUCAAUUUGGCAGAACUGUUUGAGAACUAUGUGAAAAUGGACGAUCGAUUUGAAAUUGUCAGUGCGAGAAGUAUGGGUUUGGUUUGCUUUAGGCUGAAAGGAGACUGCAGCCUAACGCAGCAGUUGUUGGAAAAAAUUACAGAACGGAGGAAGAUCUACAUGAUACAGGCAAAGUGCAACGAGAAGUUGAUGAUAAGAUUUGUAGUGGCUGGAUUGGAUCCGAAUGAAAAGGACAUUGAAUUUGCUUGGAAUGAAAUCGUUGGUCAAACAUGUGAACUGUUACAGCUGAGAAAAUUAGCGGUUGAUGAAAGUGUCAUCGAUAAAGUGGCACAAAAUUUCGCCACAACCCUAACGACAGAUUCCUACCAAGAAAAGUUGAAAUGAGAUUUUAGUUUGUGAGCAAAACACAUACGCAACGACAUUAUCAAUGCAAUUUCGUCUCAUCUGUAUUUUACACAAAAUGAGGACCUACAAAUUUUGUUAUGUAAAGUGCAAUAU